UAAAAGAGUGUCCCAUAGUUGCCAGACUGGACUGCUCCGAUGGACCCUGCAAAUGUGUUACCGACCGUGAUUCCCGUAUUUGCCAGGAGGGAUUCCAGUUCGAUAGCUCCAGUAGAAAGUGUAUCGAAAAUUCGAAGGGAGCUCCGAAUGAGGAUGCGUGAGCCGUGGAAGUGUAAAACGUUGAAAUAAAUUGCGAUUGAGAG